ACUUGUACACCUUACUAACUUGUCAAUAGAAUAUCAUAAAUAGCAUAAAAUACAGUCAGCAUUUCUGAACAAUCUUUAGCAAAACUUUUACUUUAACAAAACUUAGUUAAUUUAAGUUAAGGAAAUGUAGUUAAAAUGUAUUUUUUUCAAGGGCUUUCGGCCCUUUGGGGGACCCUUGACUCCAGUUUGAAAACUCCAGCGCUGGGAUUCCAGUGCCAUCAUCUUGAAUCUAUUUACAAUUUAUCAUUGAAUGAUUGCAGACAUGAGAGUGAAGGAUCGCAAUGCUUUAACGAUGGAGAGGGUCUGUUUUUUAUUGCUCUCAGAGUCUCAGCGUUACCUCUUGUGGGCUCCCCUCUUUAAGGCUGUUGGAUUUCCAAGAAGUGGCUGGGCCAGACAAAAUGUCACGCAGUAAGAUCGACGACACUGAUUUGCACCCAUUUAUUCAACCAAGGAUGAAAGACUGGGCUUUUGCAAAUACAUGUAGAAUAAAAGCAUGUCUGGACUGUAGGUAUAAAUCAAAAUGUUGACACACAUAGUUAAGAGAGCAUUUGCAUUUCUUUUCUGCUUCUGUUCAUCAUCGCUAUGGCCUUAUGGUUGUAAAUGACCAGACUGUUGCAAAAAGGAGCAAGAACAGAUAUUUUCCCCGAUUUAAAAUCAAAGGCCUAUACCGCUGGCUGCUUAUUUCCUAAUCUACACACAAAGAAAAUAGAGUAGUAUUAUGGUAAUUAAACCCAUUCAGUGUUGUUUACUAGUGACGUGUGUGGAAGCUCUGAAAUACCCAUAUUUUAUACCGCUUGACAGACAUGAUUAAAUGAAUUUAAAAAGUCUCUGCUCCCGUAAUUUAUUUUGUAAGUUGAAGUCUAGUGGAAAUGCUUGUAAAUUUCCAUGUAAUAUUAAAUGCCUGGAGAAAUUCUUAGUAAUGAUCUCUUGAUCUGCUGCAAGAAGUGAAAUCAUUAAUUCAGUAAGAGAGAAUAAUCUAAAGAGCACUAUUUAAGUGAAAAAGCAUGGAAAUUUCUGUAAUGUUAAUCUCCAGGUCAUCGGUGUGGUUUGGCAGUGAGCGAUGGAGGCUAAUACACCUGGCACUAGGCCUUGCAUCUGCAUGAUCUGAAAAUAGGGAGCUCCUGUUCGGUUUUGGUUCACUUGAAAGCUCAUGAGUGAGACCUAUCAAAGUUAAACCCAGCGUGAAUAAUGUUGUGCUGAAUUCACUUAUUUUGAGAGGCUGUACGGGCAGGAUCAAUGGGGAAAUGAAGUCUUUUCUAUGGCCCAAAUGCCUGUGUGUAAUUUUCUGCCAAACCAUACAGCACAGCACGGAAGUUUAUAAAGAGCCUCUCAAAAGUGUGGUUCUGUGGGCACGCAACCCCAGAGAGAAAACAAACAGUUGACAUAAUGCAGAAGCCUUUAAUUCGGUCAGGUAAGCUGGUUUUGGACCUCACUUUUGUUUGCAUAGCAAAAUCAUCCUAAUGUGAAUGUUGAUCAUUCAUAUACAAUCAAGUGUUUCCUGCAAACACAAAAAGAAAAAAGCUGAACGCUCUGCUUACCAGUGUUGCCAACAAAUUUUCUGGGGAAGUUUCUAAAACUGGUAAACUGUAAACUAUACAUUCUGAACAAUUAUACUUUUAAGCAGUGUAUUAGUAGUUAGUUAGUAUGCUGCACUCGAAGAAGAGUCUGUAAAAAUAGGGCAUAAUCCACUAUGUUAAUAUGAAGGAAUUUUCCAUAUUGAUUUUUCACAGUUUUUUUUUUUUUUUUUACCUGCAUUUUAAAUUACACAUUGGAUUUUGUGUUUUUGGCUUACAGGGUUACAAUGGAUAACGGAUAUGUUUUGGACAAUUAGUACUUUUCCAUUUUUCUAGAUAUUUUUCUUACAGUGUACUAACUGAUCAACAAUCGCAGGUACAAGCUAACAAGGUGUAUCAUAAAUGAACAAUUAUUCAAUUAUUAUUAUUAAACUGAACAAUUGCAAAUAGCAGUGAUGUGUGUUCUGCUAGGUAUCUUUGGUUUCCUCUCUUUGUGUAAUUUAGAUGGAAAAUAUGUGCCUUUUUAUCGUUUGAGUCACUAAACAAAAGUUGCUAAAAGUUGCCAAAUAAUUUUUUAAAAUAGCUCAAUUUGUUGCUUGGUGCUGCUGGAAGAAAAAAGUAGCUUGAGUCUGAAAAGUUGCUAAAUUUAGCAACAAAAUUGCUAAGUUGGCAAUACUGUUACCUUCACUUCUUUUUUGACCCUCUCUGGUCCUCGUUGUUUGACCGUAUCCUAGCAACCGAAGCCUGCCCUUAGUUCGUUUCUGUUUACUUAAUAACAGAAGGAAACGCCGAAAAGUUAGCAAGAUAGCAAGACAGCGAAUUUGAAGAGGAAAACGGUUAGAAACUUUGUACAUACUUGUUUAGUCACGUUUGUUGUGUUAGGCUAAGACUAUCUGUUGUCCGUCAUGGGAGAGACACUCUCUAGGGCAAUUCAGUGGAGUUCUGAUGCGGAUAAACUCGAGAACAGCCCUCUGAAUAAUGACAUACUGACUGAAAUCCUGCUCUUCACGGAGGACUUCGACGACAGAUACCCACAGGAGGCCAGGAUUCUGUUCAGGGAGCCUUUACAAUGGAAAACCUCUCUAGAAGCGGCUGAUUUCACAUCAGAUAUAUAUGACACCAGAGGAGAAUCAGCUGUGUCCCUGGAAUGUGAUGAUGACGGAAGUCCCCUUCUCCAGCUGAGUCCACCUGACAUCACAGUGCACUCAUUUCACCAUCUCUCUAACCUUUUGCAACUAAGCAAAGAUAAAAAUGUGAAGGAGAUCCGGGCCUGUUUGGAAGUUAACAGGGAGCCAAUACAGAAGAUCUUUGGGCCCAUCUCCCCCACAAUACACGAAGACAAGCUAUUCAGUAUCCUGCAUCAGCUGGAUGAGAAGCUGUUAAAUAUUGCUGUCAGACCGUUCACCGGAGAGGGCAGGCUAAGCCCAGCAGCUGUUAAUACAGAGGUAGAUCUGUUGAAGAGAUUCUGUGGAACAGGAGAAAACCGGGUGCUGAAGUCUGUGAGCUACACAUCAGAUUACGUGUUCUCCAAUGGUUGUCGUUCUCCACCGUGGAGGCAGAUGGAUGGAGAGAUCUGCUCCCUUAUAAUUGAGACCUGUGACACAGAGCCCACACUGUUCAUCACUUGCAGUUCAAGCGGAGUUUUCUUCGAUGAGAGAAUCAAUGGAGAAGGAGGUGUAAACUACUAUAUGAGAAAAAGUGAACUCUACAAAGACAUUAUUACACUGCUGAAAAACAUGUCUCCCCAUUUUGCUGCGGCUGCUAAUGAACAGGACUUUGCCAUUCAAGAUGUGCCAUCCGCGAAAAAGAUCUUGCAUGUGGAAACGGUUGAUGUUGAGGAAACGGGCCAAACCCUGAAGUCUUACGACCAUGAGGAAAAGAAUGUGCCUGAGAAGGCGAGACAACAGCUUGCGCGGAACAAGCCGGGCGGUAGGAAGAAGAAAUUAGAACCAUCUUUGAAAUGGAAGAACCUCGGCCUCACAUCGUCUUAUGAUGAGGUAGAGGAGAAGUCUAGAAGGAGCAGAGAAAGCAAGAAGAUCUUGGAAAAUGGCACAAAGUCACCCUCAUCCGAGAACAAAAAAAAAGCUAAUUUCUCUGGAUCAUCUUUGCCAGGCUGCCAAUCUUCUCAAAAAAUUAAAAGCCCAGGAGGAGCUGACGACUUCAGUGAGAGUUCGUCAGAGGAUGAGGAAGAUGAGGAACAGCCUGAAAGACGUGCUGAGAUCCCCACCGACCUGCCCUCUGAAUACUGGCAGAUCCAGAAACUAGUCAAAUACUUAAAGGGGGCUAAUCAGACAGCCACAGUGAUUGUGUUGUGUGCUCUGAGAGAUUUUAACCUGGGCCAGGAGACGUGUCAGCUGGCUAUCAGAGAUGUGGGGGGGCUGGAGGUUCUCAUCAACCUGCUUGACACAGAUGACAUCAGAUGUAAAAUUGGUUCUUUGAAGAUCUUGAAGGAGAUCAGUUGUAACUCUCAGAUUCGUCAAACCAUCGCUGAUCUGGGCGGUUUGCAGACCAUGGUGUCCAUCCUGGACUCUCCUGACAAAGAGCUGAAGUGCCUGGCUGCAGAGACCAUCGCCAAUGUGGCCAAGUUCAGACGGGCCCGUAGGACGGUCCGACAACAUGGUGGCAUCAAGAGACUGGUGGAGUUGUUGGACUGCUUGCCUAAUGGUGUGUCUCUGAGUGCGGAGCAGGAGAGGGAUGCGGAGGUGGCGCGCUGUGGGGCUCUGGCUCUUUGGAGCUGCAGCAAGAGCACCAGGAACAAGGAGUCUAUCCGUCGGGCCGGGGGAAUCCCUCUGCUCGCCCGGCUGCUCAAGUCAUCACAGAAGAACAUGCUCAUCCCUGUGGUGGGAACCUUGCAGGAGUGCGCUUCUGAGAAGAGCUACAGAAUUGCUAUACAGACUGAGGGCAUGAUUGAGGAUCUGGUGAAGAACCUCAGCUGUGACAACCAGGAGCUCCAAAUGCACUGUGCCAGUGCUAUCUUUAAGUGUGCAGAAGAUAAACAUACCCGUGAUUUGGUGCGGCAGUACGACGGACUGAAGCCACUGGUCAUGUUGCUCAACGAAGCUGAAAACAAGCAGUUACUAGCUGCCACGACUGGAGCCAUCUGGAAAUGUUCCAUCAGCUUGGAAAAUGUAGCUAAGUUUCAGGAGUAUAAGGCACUAGAAACUCUGGUAGGUCUGCUCAAAGACCAACCUGAAGAGGUACUUAUUAAUGUAGUGGGUGCUUUGGGAGAAUGUGGCCAAAUAUCAGAGAAUCUUGCCACCAUCCGCAAAAGCAGUGGUAUCCAGCCUUUGGUCAACUUACUCACCGGCACCAACCAGGCCCUUCUAGUCAACGUCACAAGGGCCGUGGGAGCCUGUGCCACUGACCCUGAGAACAUGGUGAUAAUCGAUCGUCUUGAUGGUGUACGUCUUCUUUGGUCUUUGCUGAAGAACCCCAAUCCAGAAGUUCAGGCCAGUGCUGCCUGGGCCAUCUGCCCCUGCAUUGAGAAUGCAAAGGAUGCUGGAGAAAUGGUGCGUUCCUUUGUGGGAGGUUUGGAGCUCAUUGUUAACCUGCUAAAAUCACAGAAUAAAGACGUGCUGGCAAGUGUUUGUGCAGCCAUUGCCAAAAUUGCUAAAGAUGUGGAGAACCUGGCAGUUAUUACAGAUCAUGGUGUGGUUCCCAUGCUGGCCAAUCUCACCAAUACCGGGGACGAUAAGUUACGGCGGUACCUGGCAGAAGCCAUUGCCUGCUGCUGUACGUGGGGGAGUAAUUGUGUAUCAUUUGGGGAAGCUGGAGCUGUAGCCCCACUGGUACACUACCUUCGAUCAAAAGACCCUUCGGUGCACCAAGCGACAGCCCGGGCUCUGUUUGAGCUGUCUAAAGACCCUAACAACUGCAUCACAAUGCAUGAAAACGGAGUAGUCAAGCUCCUGCUCAUCAUGAUCGGAUCCACAGAUGAGAUUCUGCAGGAGGCCGCAGCCAGCUGUGUGGCCAACAUUCGACGCCUGGCGCUGGCCAAUGACAAGGCUAAAUAUGGGUAAAAGUGACCGCAUCUUCUCUUCGAUCUCACCCGCAGUGGGCAACAAAUAAGUUACUUUACCCACUCAACGAGUAUAAAUGGAUCAGCUGUGAUGCCCGAUGUGUGUUUAUUUAUAUUUUACUUCAGCUCUGUAAUAAUAAGAAGCAUUUAGCCAAAGCUAAACAUGUCAUUAAUUAAUUUGUUGGAGUCUACAACCCUGGCUCACCCUUGUCUCAGCCUUUUCCCUCAAUUUCCUCAUCGCAGCAUCUAAUUUAACAAUAACAAUAAACGCUUUCUUCUCCUG